CGGGCAGCUGCACCGAGCCCAGGCGAGGCGGCGGCGGCGAUGGCCAUGGCCGGGGCGCUGGCAGGUCUGGUCGCGGGCUUGCAGGGCCCGCGGCUCGUCCCCAGCCCGGAUUCAGACUCGGACACAGACUCAGAGGACCCGAGUACCCGUCGCAGCGCGGGCGGCCUGCUUCGCUCGCAGGUCAUCCACAGCGGUCACUUCAUGGUGUCGUCCCCGCACAGCGACUCCCUGACUCGGCGGCGCGACCAGGAGGGGCCCUUGGGGCUCGCUGACUUCGGGCCGCGCAGCAUCGACCCCACACUCACCCGCCUCUUCGAGUGCAUGAGCCUGGCCUACAGCGGCAAGCUGGUUUCUCCCAAGUGGAAGAAUUUCAAAGGCCUCAAGCUGCUGUGCCGGGACAAGAUCCGCCUCAACAACGCCAUCUGGAGGGCCUGGUAUAUCCAGUAUGUGGAGCGGAGGAAGAGCCCCGUGUGUGGCUUCGUGACCCCCCUGCAGGGGCCUGAGGCUGAUGAGCAUCGGAAACCCGAGGCCGUCAUCUUGGAGGGGAAUUACUGGAAGCGGCGCAUCGAGGUGGUGAUGCGCGAAUACCACAAGUGGCGCAUCUACUACAAGAAGCGGCUCCGCAAGUCCAGCAGGGAAGGGGAUCUCCUGGCCCCAAAGCAGGCGGAAGGGGGGUGGCAGCCACCGGAGCGAUGGUGCGAGCAGCUCUUCACCAGCGUGGUGCCUGUGCUGCUGGGGGGCCCAGAGGAGGAGCCCGGCGGGCGGCAGCUUCUGGAUCUCGAUUGCUUUCUGUCCGACAUCUCCGACACACUCUUCACCACGACUCAGCCCAGCCCCACACCCCUGCAGCUGCCCCCGGAGGACGCCUAUGUCGGCAAUGCUGACAUGAUCCAGCCUGACCUGACGCCCUUGCAGCCCAGCCUGGAUGACUUCAUGGAGAUCUCAGAUUUCUUCACCAACUACCGCCCCCCACAGACGCCUACACCUUCAAACUUCCCUGAGCCCCCCAGCUUCGGCCCCAUGGCUGAUCCCGUCCUUAGCAGUGGGGUCCUGGGCUCCGAGUUGCCCCCCGCCUCUCUGGGCAUGACCCAGCUCUCAGGGCAUAACCGCCUGCAGGCUCGGAGCAGCUGCCCUGGCCCCCUGGACUCCAGUGCCUUCCUGAGCUCUGAUUUCCUCCUUGCUGAAGACCCCAAGCCCAAGCUCCCACCCCAAGCCCAAGCUCCUGCAGCCCCACCCCUCAUCCAAUACCCCAGCCCUACCAAGGGGCUCGGCCUGGAGCCCUGCCCCCCACCCCCCUUCCCUCCCAUGGUGCCCCCACCGGCUAUGCUCCAGGAAGAGCCUCUCUUCUCUCCCAGAUUCUCUUUCCCGACUAUCCCUCCUGCCCUGGGAGUGUCCCCACUGUCUACGCCCACAGCCUUCCCGGCCACUGCACAGCCGGGCCCAGGCCCUACCCCCGCCCCCCUUCCCAUAGACCUUCAACGCCUGGGGUAUUCGGAGCCCCCCUUUGGGCCUCACUUCACGGUGCCCCAAAGUGCACGGCCCAGAGGCAAGCCCCCCACCCUGUCCCCUAGGGGGCGGAAGCCCAGUGCCCCCACCUUGGCCCCUGCCACUGCCAGCCCCACUGCCACUGCCGGGGGCAACAACCCCUGCCUCACACAGCUGCUCACAGCAGCCAAGCCUGAGCAACCGCUGGAACCGCCACUUGCGUCUGGCCCCCUCCUUCGGUCCCCAGGGUCCCCGCAGGAGACAGUCCCUGACUUCCCUUGCACCUUCUUCCCACCAACUCCGGCCCCGACACCACCCCGGCCACCUCCGGGCCCGGCCACCCUGGCCCCUCCCAGACCCCUGAUUGUCCCCAAAGUGGAGCGGCUCUCACCCCCAGCACCCAGCGGUAAAGAGGGUUUGCCGGGAUCGGGGAGCUCUAUGGGAUGGAGGGAGAGAAAGGAAGAAGGGGGGACCAGGGCCAGGGCCAGGAUGAGAGGGACAGGGCAAUGGGACCCUGUCCCCUGUGUCGGUCUGUCUGUGGGUCUGUCUGUCCCUGGCACAGGUGGUGAGCGGCGGCUGUCUGGGGAGCUCAACUUGGCGCCGGGCCCAGGGACUCUGAGCAUCCACAUCUCUCCCUCUCAACCCAUCCCAGGCCGGGGCCGGUCAGACAAGACCGAAAACCGGCGCAUCACACACAUCUCGGCGGAGCAGAAGCGGCGCUUCAACAUCAAACUGGGGUUUGACACGCUGCACGGGCUGGUGAGCACCCUCAGCACCCAGCCCAACCUCAAGAUGAGCAAGGCCACCACACUGCAGAAGACGGCUGAGUACAUCACCAUGCUGCAGCAGGAGCGCGCGGCCAAGCAGGAGGAGGCUCAGCAGCUCCGGGACCAGAUCGAGGAACUCAACGCCGCCAUCAACUGUUCUGAACUCCCUACGCCAGCUGAGUACAUCCACCAGUAUCCUGACGGACCCGGACUGUAUACCCGAGCAAGCCACACGGGCAGUCACAGAGGGCACCCUUGGCAAACCUUUAUAGUGCUGGCCAGACCCUGCUGCUCACUCAGCUGCCCAGGGCCGCCUCCUGCCCCAGGCCCUGGCUGUCAAAGAGGGUUUUUUCUGACCUCCCAGAAGCCAGGAAGAACUGAGUUCCAGCCCCUGCUCCACAGGCAACCAACACUGUGCCCCGGGGGAGCACAGUGCCCUGGGGGAGGCUCAUCCUUCCUCUUUGGACCUCCGUUUUCCAGGCUGCAAUAUGGGGAAGGGCAGGCUUCCACUAGAAGAUGAUCCCAAGGCCUUAGCAGCUGUGGUGCUUGGGGACCUAAACCGUCGACUCAGGGAGUUUGAAGGAGAAAAGAGGGGCGCUCCCAUUCCCCGUCACUCCCACCUGCUCCCCCACAGGUGGGGGACAGGCCCCUGUUUCUGGGCAGGGAAGCCAGAAAGGAGGUUCCUUCUCUCUGCUCCUCCACUGGUAGCCUGGAGGGGCUGUGGCCAGGUGUCCCUGGGUGAGGCCAGGAGAGAGCAGGGCAGGGGGAGGCCAACCCAGGGCAGGCAUCUGGGGGGGUGUAUGUGUGUGGACACGUGUGUGCGGAUUUUGUAAAGCAUUCUUGACCAAUAAAAACAAAAACAGUC